ACGACCCCCGCCCGCGUCCCGGCCGGCCCCCCCCUUUCUAGAUUUAAAGGGGGCGUAGCAUUAACGCCUCCUGCCUCAGGUGACCUCUCAGGGGGUCCCCCGGCAGAGGUGCUCCACCGCUGAGGAACAUGGCGAAGGUGGAGCAGGUCCUGAGCCUCGAGCCGCAGCACGAGCUCAAAUUCCGAGGUCCCUUCACCGAUGUCGUCACCACCAACCUAAAGCUCGGCAACCCAACAGACCGAAAUGUGUGUUUUAAAGUGAAGACCACAGCACCGCGUAGGUACUGCGUGAGACCCAACAGUGGGAUCAUCGAUGCGGGGGCCUCCGUUAACGUGUCUGUGAUGUUGCAGCCUUUCGAUUAUGACCCCAAUGAGAAAAGUAAACACAAGUUUAUGGUUCAGUCUAUGUUUGCUCCGACUGACACUUCUGAUAUGGAAGCAGUAUGGAAGGAGGCAAAACCGGAAGACCUUAUGGAUUCAAAACUUAGAUGUGUGUUUGAAUUGCCGGCAGAAAAUGAUAAACCACAUGAUGUAGAAAUAAAUAAAAUUAUACCCACAACUGCAUCAAAGACAGAAACACCAACGGUGUCUAAAGCUCUGAGCUCUUCUUUGGAUGACACCGAAGUGAAGAAGGUGAUGGAGGAGUGUAAGAGGCUGCAGGGGGAGGUGCAGAGGCUCCGGGAGGAGAACAAGCAGUUCAAGGAAGAAGAUGGACUUCGGAUGAGGAAGACCGCGCAGAGCAACAGCCCCGUUCCUGCAUUCUCUGCGGCUGGGAAGGAGGAGGGCCCCAGUGCCCGGCUCCUGGCGCUCGUGGUGUUGUUCUUCAUCGUUGGCGUCAUCAUAGGGAAGAUCGCCUUGUAGAGGCGGCCGGCGGAGGGUGGCUUACUGGAUUGAUGGCCCGCCAUACCGUGGGGUUUGAAUUGAUCAUAACCAUGUGUAAAAAGAAGUUAAUGUGUGAUGA